AUGACUGCUGAAAAACAGAGUUUCUGCCGAUUGAUCUGUCACAUAAAUGUGAGAAUCGCUUGGACAAUUUUCGGAAUAGUAUUUGGAAUUUCUGCCGUUUUAACAUAUGCAAUCAAGUUCCAAAAUUGGUCAGCUACUGCAACAUGUGCAAUUGCAACGCUUUUUGCAUGUGAAACUCUGUAUCUGUACUGGGCAUUAAAAAAGAAUACGAUUGUCAAUUGGAAGACAAGCACGUUUCAGUUGAUGAUCUGGCCAAAUAUUUUCAUUGGUCUUCUUGGUCUCAUUGGAUGUCUAGUUUGCUAUAUUAUUGCCGGGAUCACGCACCAAGGAGCAGGAUCAAUCCAAGCAAUGUAUGGUGAAAAUCUGUGGUUCACUGGUUCAUGGAGUCUCGUGAUUACAAAAUGGACCUGGCAAAAUGCUUUCUUUGCUAGGAAAUACAUCAAUAAAGUAGGUGGAGGAGCAUCAGAGGAUGGCGAAGAUGAUGAUGACGAUGAUCAAGUGGAGGAAAUAAAAUAUUAA